AUGCAGACGUGGACAUUGGUUCUGCUUCUGUUGUGUUAUGUUAAAGCAGAUGAUCCCGUGGACGAUUUCUCCGAAUUUGACAAUGCCGAAAGUUUUGACGCUCCGGUUGUAAUUGAGAGUGGGCCAAAUAACGAAGACGUUGAUGUAAAAAAGCCUCAACAAGUAUGUUUUAAUAUAUUUUACGUCGUUUUUAUAUAAUUACACUGAUUUUAUGAUUUAGGAAGUAUUUGAGGAAGAAGAAUUUGUGUCGCUGGAUGAAGAAUUUGAGGCCCCCACCGAAGAAGUACAGCAAGGCGACUUUAAUGCACCUCAUCCUGAAAAGAAAAUUAGCCCUUUAACUUUUGCUGAUGUAAGACCAUUUGUAAAUUAUUUAUUGUUUUAGAUUCCAUCUCAUUUUCGUUCAAAUUGGUCCUCAUACCAGGUCGAAGCUGUUGCCCUUGUAAUUGUUUUUAUCUAUGCCGUAAAUUUCCUAUUAGGGAAGUCCAAGAAUCAGGCUUUGGCGAACAAAUGGUACGCCGAUAGUGCUAUUACCCUCAGACAACAGUUCUCAUUAGUCGGAGACGAUGGAACUUCACAGGAACCAAUUGGAGGAAGUCUAAUUAAAGAUACCGAAUACAGCUACUCUCUAUGGUGUUCUGGUCGAGCUGGAGUAAAAGGAAUGCUGAGUCAACUCAAACUUGUCAAAAGACAGGACUUGGUUGGCCUGGUGCUCAAUUGUUUCAGUCCCCGAGCUGACAGAAUUGUUCAUAGAAUUGAUCUUGACCCUCAGGAAAUGGAUACUUUUGUAAUGGUACUCGGACUGAAGAAGUCGAUCAUCAGACUUGUGAAAGAAUAUCCAGACCUUGUAAGUCUUGGGACGGGUUCAUAUCAAUUAUUUAUAGUCUACAUUUGCGGUUGAAAGGAAGCCCCAGAUACCAUUGCCAAACAACUUCCUUGUUUAUGCUGAAGUUUCCGAAACUAUCCCUGCUCUUUUAGACAAUACUGUUCAGCAAUUCUUUAAGCGCUAUGAACAUUUGGUAGAUUACUUUCAUUUUUCUGACCAAUAUGUUGGACCAAAGGGUCCUGAGUAAGUUCUUUUACUGUUAAUAUUGUGUGUCAUCUAUAUCUGUUGGUAUACUUUAGCGGUUUUAAUUUUUAGCGAUUCUGUGGCACGGUUCCCCGAGAAUUCGCCUACUUUAACGUUCAGUUAUUUCCUGGAUGAGUCGGCAGACGAGGAAACCGAACGGAUUGUCCUUCAAUUCACGUUUAUUAUGAUCGACAAGAUCAGGAAGUACAGACUUAGCAGAGAGGGAAAGCUCAAGGCAGACAAGAAAAGGAGAUCGGUGGAGGAGGCAUACCUGAAGAAUACCCAUCAACAACGCCAGGAGGCAGCUCAGGCUAGAAGAGAGGAAAGAAGCCGAGAAAGAAAAGAAAAGUUGCUCCAAGAAGAAGAUCCUGAUAAACAACGAAAACUGCAGAAACUGGAAGACAAGAAGAACAACAAGCUCAAGCUACCAAAGAUGAAACAACUUCGGGUAAAGUAG